AUGCCCAUGACACCCUGCGGACCGAUGAUCUACCACAUGUGGCUGUUCGACUCGAAAAAGUUCGACCCCGCGACGGACCUCCCGGACUGGACUGGCAAGGUCGCGAUCGUCACUGGGGGCAACUACAGGAUCGGGUACGGGUCGGUAGGGCACCUGGCGCGGGGCGGGGCGAGGGUGUACAUCGGCGCGCGGAGCGAGGCGCGCGCGAAGGCCGCCAUCGUGCGACUGCACGCGGAGACGGGCCUGACGGAGGUCAAGGUGGAGUGGUUCCACCUCGACUUGAGCGCGCCGAAGACGGUGAAGGCGGUGGCGGCGGCGGUCAUGGAACGGAGAGCAGGCUGGAUAUCCUCAUCCGUCUCAAGAUCUAAUCCAUCCUCCGACCCACUCUCCGACCCCCUCAUAUCCACCUCAUCGUCCGAUGUCAGCUCUUCCUUCAUCCACGACUGCUUCACUGCCCAACACCCCACGCCCCCUUCGAUCAGCUCCAGCCAGUGCCUCAGCGGCUCGUCCUCCGGGUGGAUGUGA